AAUACUAAAUACAAAUACUAAUAUUAGAAUUUAGAUCGCAAUCUCUCUCUCUCUCUGAUUCUUUCAGCCUAAAUUUAGGGUUUUCCUUUUCUCUGCUGCGUUCCCCAACUUCCAAUUACAAUUCCAAUCCCAUAAUAUCUCUCACUCAGACUCAACCCCCAGCCCCAGGUUAGUACUAUUAUAAUAAUGGGGGCGAUGAUAUCGAGAUUUUGGUUCAUGUUGUUUCCUGCAAAGGAAUACAAGAUUGUGGUGGUUGGGUUAGAUAAUGCAGGAAAGACCACCACCCUUUACAAAUUACACCUGGGUGAGGUUGUCACUACGCACCCUACUGUUGGGAGCAACGUUGAAGAGCUUGUCUACAAGAAUAUACGCUUCGAGGUUUGGGAUCUUGGUGGACAAGAAAGACUCAGGACAUCAUGGGCAACAUACUAUCGUGGAACGCAUGCCAUUAUAGCGGUGAUAGACAGCACUGAUAGGGCGAGGAUCUCAAUUAUGAAGGAUGAACUCUUCAGGUUGCUGGGACAUGAGGAUCUACAACAUUCUGUUAUACUAGUUUUUGCAAACAAACAAGACCUUAAGGAUGCCAUGACCCCAGCUGAAAUCACUGAUGCCCUUUCUCUUCACAGCAUCAAGAAUCAUGAUUGGCACAUUCAAGCCUGCUGUGCCCUCACAGGAGAAGGGCUGUAUGACGGCCUGGGCUGGAUUGCCCAGCGGGUCACCGGGAAAACUCCAAGUUGAUAAAGGAAUGGAAGAAAUGUAUAAAACAGAAGAAAAGGAAAAUUUAUGUAUCCAUUCAUUCAUGGGUUUGAAGGAUGAGUGAUAUAAAAGCCUCUUUUAUGUAUCAUCUAAACUGUAUGGGAGCUACUCCCAAACAAAUUUGUAGAUCAUUCAGUUUUUAUUUGCUCUAAGAAAUUGUGUUCUACUCAAUGAAGUAUUCAGUAACACAUUCAUGUUGAA